AGCAGGCAGAAGGCAGCACCUUCCUCCUCGUCUUUCAACUGAUACCAUUUUCGCUUUUGCGGCGUUCAUCAGAGUUCUUCAGCCAGACUGCAGAAAAUUAAAAAAAAAGGGAAGGAAAAAGAAAAUGACGACUUCUUCAAAAUUUGAUGCACCCCCAUCAUCAUCGUCGGAAGCAUCUUCACUCACAGGACCUGUAGAAGCUUCUCAGUUUCUUCACACCCCUAAAUACUGUGAGGAGAACAUAUACUUGCUAUGCAAGAAGCUAUGUGCGAAUGGUCUUGCUGAUUCUGAUGGUUCAGAUUUAUUUGUUGUUUUUAUUUCCAACGAGAAGCAGCAGAUUCCACUGUGGCAUCAGAAAGCAAGCCAGAGAGCAGAUGGGGUUGUUUUGUGGGAUUAUCAUGUUAUUUGUGUACAGAAAAGAAAAGAUGCAAGCUCCUCUCAUAUGGUGUGGGACUUAGAUUCAACUCUUCCCUUUCCAUCUCGUCUGGCUUCUUAUGUUGCUGAAACUUUCCGUCCAUCUUUCAAACUAUUCUCAGAGUUUCAGAGGCUUUUCCGGAUUGUACAUGCACCAGUUCUCCUCAAAUAUUUUGCGUCUGACAGAAGACACAUGAAAGAUUCUGCGGGAAAUUGGAUUUCUGAGCCACCUCCUUAUCAGGCCAUUGUAGCUGAAGAUGGAACUUUGCACAACCUGAACGACUACAUAAACUUUUCAGCUGUGGAGGUGUUGGAAAAUGUCGAAGCUGAUUCAGUUAAUGCUGUUAUCAACCAAAGAUUUGGCAUUGUAGCGAGUGAAGGCCAACUUGAGGAGUUCUUUUCACUGAUCUCCUGAUGAUUGGCUCAAAUCGUCCCCAUUUGUUGAGUUGUGUCUUUGUACAAAUUCAGUCUCUUGCAAUGAUGCAGUACUUGCGAUGCAUGCAUGAAGAGUAAGAUCGUACUAUACUUUAGGGUUGUGUCCGCUAAUAAUCGUCUGGUGGAGGGUGAACUCAUUUUUGAAGGAACUCAUUUUCCCUGUAUCUCGUCACUUUCGAGCUUCUCUACUGAUGCUAAGAGAUGAAUGUUUUAUCAAAAAGAAAAGGAAGAAAGGGCAAGAAAAAGGUAAUGGGCGAAGUGCUAUAAUUUCCCCAAUGGAUUUCUGCUUGCCAGAAUGUGACACAGACUAUCACUCUGCUGAUCAAGAAUGCUUAUCCACCCUCUCACUAAUGCAAAAUAAGGUAGAUAUUUGUAAUAGAACAAACUUACGAGCAUGUUAUUUAAGCAUCGUGUUGGCUUCCCAUUUUUUGUACGAGCCUACUGGUACACAUACAAACUUCUCAAGGGAUCCUGAUCUGUAUUGAUUUGUAGGAACUAUUUGGUCUGAAAAACAGUUGCUUGGGAAUGAUAUUGUCA